GAGGAAAGAUUACGUCACAAACUCAAAAAAGAAAAAGAAGAACGCCACAAACUAUCCGCAACAUUCCCAGCUUCGACUCAUCACUCAGCAGCAGACAUGGAUUGCGGAAUGAUAACAUCCAAAAGCGUUCUUUUGCUUCUCAGUUUAAUAUUUUGGGGUGCUGGAGUGGCCCUUGCAUAUGUUGGUUCUUAUGUGAUAAAGAGCUACAACAGCUUUGAAGACUUUGUGUCUGAUAAGUACAGCAUCAUCCCAGCAGCCAUUAUAAUCGGUGUGGCUGUGGUCAUGUUUGUCAUCGGAACCGUUGGCUGCUGUGCAACUCUGAGGGAGUCCAAAGUCGGUUUAGGCUUUUUUCUUAUCAUCAUCAUGAUAAUCUUUGCAGCCGAGGUGACCGCUUUUGUGUUUGGCUUCAUCUACAGGGGCAGAAUUAAGGGUGACCUAGAAAAGUCAAUGAAAGACGUCUUCCAAAAGUAUGACGGUCUGAACACUGAAACGCAUGCAGUGGAUUACUUGCAAUCUCAAUUGGAGUGCUGUGGGGUGAAUAACUUCACAGACUGGACUGCAACACCAUGGUUUGGCCAACAUAACAACUCUGUGCCACAUUCCUGCUGUAAAGCAAACAAUACACAAUGUGCAGGUCAACUCACCCAACUUGAUCUUCUGAAUACACAGGGAUGUGAAGCUAAACUGGAGCAGGUGCUUCAGGAUGUGCUUAGUUAUGCAAUGUUGGUCAUCCUGGGAUUUGCCAUCAUAAAGUUUUUUGGGAUGCUCAGCAUUUGUGUCAUCACCUGCCGAAGCAAAAAGAAUGACUAUCAGCCUCUGUAUGCGUGAUAGUAAAAUCUGAAUCCCUCUCUUGGGACAGUCUCUAUUUUCUCAAUACUGUGCAGCUACACACAGCCUCACUGGCACCAUAAAGAACAGAUGUUUGAAGAUG